AUGUCUAGUUUGGUGUCGAGCCGGAAGCGCAUGGCAGAGUAUUCUACCUUUUCUGACAAGUGGAGCAUUAUUGAGGAAGCAAUACGCUGCAUUUUCAAAAAAGAGGUGUCGAAGAACUCGUUCCAGAGAAUACACCACUCUGUUUUUCAGUUGUGCCAAGCACAUUACGGGAGCCUCGUAUUGGAGCAGCUGGAAGAACAGUUUUUUGCCCAAGUUUCCAUCACCGUCAAUCGAAUUGAUGGCUCUUCAACGUAUGUUGCCGAUUUUUUGCGUGAGUGGCAGGACUACAAUGACUCUGUGAGCCAAAUCAGCAACAUUCUCUUGUACUUCAACAAGAACUAUAUGUACGCCUGUCAUCACUCAUCCAUCGAACAUCUUGGCGAGCGUAUUUUUUGCUCCUCUACGUUAGGCAAUCCUGAGGUCUCUGAGUGUCUCAUUGCCUCCAUCAAGCAGCUGAUUCACGUACCUGCCGCAGAGUCCACGAUUCGGGACAUUGGCCAGGAAUUAUACACCGCAGAAGGAAGUAAGUACUUUGCACGUUGCAUGGAAACCCCCUUCGUAGAUGCAAUGGUCGAUAAGUAUGUUGUGCAAAGGGAGCAGCAGAAGCAGGCUCUCACCACUAGCGGUUAUUUACAGUGGGUACAGAGCGUUGUGUGCAGCGAGAGCCACAAGUACGCCGAUACGUUCUUCUACAUUCUACUGGACAAGCUGACAAGCGCACUGUACUCCUCACUCAUUCUCAGCGACCCAUCAUCUGUAAAUGAAAUGCUGACGGGGCCGACCGGUUUGGUACACAUGCUGGAGAAGUGGGAUGUGUCCAGCAUUUCCACUUUUGUGCAGGUUUUCUGUGCGAUGAAGCGGGAGAAGGACGUCACUGACGUUAUUGCGCAUGUACUGAAAGAGAAAUGCGAGGACAUCAUAAACGAUCGAGACGCUAGCGUCUUUCCUUUCCCAGGGGUACAAAAGAUGUUGCAACUCAUUGAGAGGGCAAAGGCGCUUGACGGUCUCUUUCCAUCCGAGGAAGGGCAUAGUCAGUCACCAUUUUUACGCGUUAUUCGCAGUGUCUUGGGCAAUGACACGCGCUUUAUGGAAGCCCUCUCAGUUUACUACGACAACGGUAUUCGGCAAGGCAAGGAUGAUAUUGUGAACACAGUAGGAAACAAUGUGCUUACUAUUUUGCAGCUGAUGCCUGACCUUGAGGCCUUUGAAGUGGCGUUUCGAAGUCAUCUGGCGGUUCGCUUGAUUUACGCGAAGCCGCACGCGGUGGAUAUGGAGUGUCUUUUUAUUGACCGCCUUUUCAACAUCUACGGAUCAAGUGUGGUGAAUCGAUUUCAAAAAAUGGUAGAGGAUAUCCGCAGUGCCACGGCUGCGCAGGAAAAACUGAUAGCAGACAUGAAAACGAAAAAGAUAUCCCCUCCCUUAGAGUUCGACGUCCUUGUGUUGACAAGCGGUCUGUGGCCGCAGUACACCAACAUUCCUCUUAGCAUCCCGCAAAGCAUGGAAUCGUGCAAGCGCGUUUUUCAGGAGUACUACCGCCGCCGCCACAAUGGUCGGAAGCUCGUGUUUCAGAUGAGCUUGGGCUCGAUUGCUUUUCAGCUUUGCCAUGGUGGCAGAACGUACCACGUGUCGGCGCAUACUCAUUUUGUGAACAGUAUCAUGGCACUGAACUCAGAUGAGAACUUGAGCGUUGCAGUCGUCGCUCGACAAGGCGCGCUCAGCUGUGAUGAGGUACUUACUCAGUUCAACACUCUUUGCCACGUUGGUCUUGCCGAGCGCAACGGAACGGAGUUUAGGUUUAAUCGAAACUUUUACUCCUCGAAGCCGAAGGUAAAAGUGAGUGCCGGGGUGCAGAAGUCGGCUCACGACGGCGGCAGCGUCUCCACCGCCACUCGCAAAGGCAUGGAUGGCGCACGAACGAUGAGCCUGGAUGCCACAAUCGUGAAGCUCCUGAAGGAGCAUAACGGUAUGGAUCAUCAAACGUUAUGCGGCGCCAUGGAAAGUGAGCUGCGGGAUGUGUGCUCCCCCACACGAGCGGAUAUCAAGCUGCGCAUAGACGCUUUGAUAGAGAAAGGGUUGAUAACACGAGGUGAAUCGGCGCACUGCUACUUCUACUGUUCGUGA